AUGACAAAAAUAACUGCAUGUGAAAUUUUUGAUCACAUGGAGAAUAAAUAUUAUACACUUUAUGUAGAAUGGUUUAAUUCAUAUUUUAAAGUAAUAUUACUGGAAUCAACAAUGCUACCAUUAAGUGGUGAGAUGAAUAUCGAUAAUGUAAAUCAUUUUUCUGCUGAAUUAUCUAAAUCACCUGAUGAAUACCUCAAAAUAACUGAAAAAAUACUUUGUGGAGAAGAUACAGAAAUACAAUUUUUUAUUAAAAAUAAAAUUUUAGAAUGGAAAAAAAAGGUAUGGAUCUAUGGGAGAAUUGAAUUACAUUCUAUUUCAGAUAUCCAAGUGGUUUGUGAAAGUUUUCAACAAUUAGUGAAAUUUUACAAUGGCGUUCAAAAUAAAAUAAGCAUAUUGAAAGAAGAAAACAAAAAUUUGAUAUAUAUAAAUGAACAAUUAAGUUUGAAAAUACAAAAUAUGAUAGAAUUGAAAACUACUAUGGAAGAAGAUCUUUAUACAAAAUUUAUAGUAAUCUUAAAUUCUAAAAAAAAGAAAAUUAGAGAGUUAGAAGAAGCUAUAAAGGGAAAAAAAGAUGCUAAAGAAUCAAUUUUUGAUGCAUGUACAGAUGAGAGUGGAGAAUCAGAAAAUGAAGAUAAAAUUAUAAAAAAUGUUCCCACAGUCUCUAUCAAAAUUGGCAAACGAAAAUCUCUUAAAAAUGAUAACUCAAAACAUAUGCAGAAAAUUACAAAAACAAAUGAUAUUGUUGAUGAUAAAAUAAUUCAUAAAGCAUCCACUAGCAAAGAUUGUGUAAAUAGUAAAGUGGUUACGUUGGCCAAGGUAUAUAAAAAAAGAAAUAAAUAUGAAGAAGGAAGCUGUAGUUUCAAAAAAAAGUCAAGAAGUAGUUUAAAUUUUAGUGAAGAAGAAUCUGAAGAAGAAUUAUUUUCUCAAUGA